CCCAAGGUCCCCUAACGCUUCCUCGAAGAAACGCGGCCAAAUACCCAACACAACGCGGACUUUCUGCGCACGAAUUGUUCUUACAUUGCGAAUUCUGGGAUUUUUAGGAGUAGGCUUCUCAUCUGUUGCCCCGUCCUUUGCGACUAUUCCGAUCGUCUCCUCGCCCCUUCAAAAGCUUCGAAGUGCGUAGUUCGAGGGGGCACAGCAUCAAUUUUGGCUUGGAUCCGACAAAAAUGGAUGAUCGAGCAUCGAAGCGAAGAAAAUUGCCGACCGCCGAUGCCCCGAGUAUAGAAGCUUCGACAGCAGGUGAAGUCGGCACCGGCUUCUUGGAACAGCUUAAGCAAGCUGUCGAUAAACGAGGACGGAACAUUGCAACAAACUUUCUCGAAUUGCCGGAAAAGAAACUAUUUCCGGACUACUAUAAAGAAAUAACUACCCCGAUCGCCAUAGAUAUAAUAGAGGCGAAACUGGCAAGGAAGAAAUACCCCGACAUAUCUGCUUUCGAAUCAGAUGUAAAGCUUAUGGUCGCAAACGCAAAAUCGUAUAAUGAGACCAAUUCAGAAAUUUUUAACGAUGCGGAGCGCAUUCGGAAAAUGCUUUCCAGCUACCUGGGCAAAGGUGUUGGACGCUUUCCAAAGGCGCCUGAGACGAUAACCUCCGAGACUGCACUGGCUGAUGCGGAAGGCGAAGAAAAUCCAGCAGCUGCUGGUGAAGAAUUUGAGCCUGAAUCAGCGGAAAGCCGGAAAAGGAAGAGGUCACGAGCUGAGCGCCCAGUGUCUCCAACUCCCGUCAAUGGUCUCCAGGUCGAUGGGAAAGACGGAGAAAAAUAUGAAGGAACUUCUUUUCAGCAAGCGCAAGAAAUGAUCAUUACUGAAUUGAUUGAUUUAAAGGAUAAAGGUGGUGAAGAAGUGUCUUAUCCGUUUCAUAACCUGCCACCACGAGCGCUCAAGGACUAUUACGCUCUAAUUAAGAAACCAGUUUCUUUAAAUGGCAUAAUGAAACGCGUAAAAGGAGUCCGCGGCAAAAAGGACAUAACUGGCGUUACAGAAUUCAAGACGUGGCACGCAUUUGAGGAUGAAGUUAGCUUUCUCUGGCGGAACGCGCGUGAAUAUAAUGAAGACGGAAGUGAAAUUUCCAAUCUUGCUGGCGAACUCGAGAAAUAUUUCAAAGACCGAAUCACGGAGGCAAAAAGAGUUGUAUCCGAACCUGGACCGCGACUGAAGCUCAAUAUGCCUGCGCCUAAAUCUCCAGAACCGUCGCGGCCUCGAGUUAAGCUUCAUAUCGGCGCUCCGAAGGCCAGCCCCGCGCCAUCAUCCAUUUCCAGGGAAACUCCUGCACGGAAAGAAUCAGUACCAGCGGAGGCUGUGCCAGAUGCUGGAUCGCCCGGAAAGGAAGAGAAUCAAUCGCAGCCAUCGACCCACCCACGCACAUCUCCCGCAAGGGACCAGACCACGCCGCAACCCAGUGCAAAAGAUACCACGGGUGUAUCCCGGUCUGGAUCGGUCUCCACAGGCAUCUCUGCGGUGGGGAAGGCCUCACAAGGCGAUACACAAAAGGCUGUCACAACUGCUUCGCCUGCGCCUUCGGCAGCUGCAGUAAAGAGCGAGCCGCAAGCUGGACGGUCUCCGAGCCUUGGGGCGAUACGAGUCUCCAGUACAGGCCCUGAGAAGGCGUCAGAGAUGAGGAGGGAGAGUCAUGAAUCCAUCAAAGCUACGCAAAGUCCCAGGCUUGACAGCUCUAGCAUGCCGCCUCCUUCUGGAUCAACUCCUCGCCUUGCCGAUGGCAGUCCAAAUCCGCCGCAGUCCCAAGCGCCUCCCGUGCAUAUACCUCCCCCACCACCUCCGGCGCCGCCCUCUGGAAUGUCGAUGCUAAGGCCACCUGGCAAAGACGCCUCAGAUGCACUUAUUUCCAACCUGAGUAUAUCCACUCAUCCUGGGCUUAGAUUGCCUCGCCCCUUUCAAUUAAACAUUCCACCAUCAGACAGCCUGUCUCAGCAGUCAAUCACCAUCAACUUAGCACCAAUGCAUUAUAUGCUCCAAAUCGCACCAAUAAUUGCGCCCAGUUUGAACACUCGGCCCAGCAAGGUCUUUGUCACGGUAAAUUAUCAAAGAUUGAAUCCUGUACCACACGCCUCAGGUACGACCGACACAAAACGUCCUUGGUAUGAAGCAAAGUUGGUACCCGGAAUAAAUAGGAUUGAAGUGGAGAUCAUCGCCGGACCUACCAGAGGUAUACCCAAGCCGAGUACGGCUCAAGAUAUCGAAUUGGAGAAGAUUACGGUGUUCGCCAAUUUGAUGAAGGCAUGAAGCCAUUGUCUUUUUUGAUAGCGCAAACACUGCAUGUUGGAGUUGAAAUGAUUUCAAAAAUUUUCUCUCACGUUUAUUUUCCCUUUUAAUUGUCUGGUGUUCAACUGGAGCCAUGCGGUUCACGUGGAAAUAAAAGGCGUCAAGAGGAAUGGUCCGUCACGUGAGCGGAGAUAUAUCUGACCGAUAAGGAGGUAGAUGGUGUACGAAAUAUUUGGUCGAGAUGGCUUGUCAAACCUACUUUUGACAUAGUUUCAAGAUUUGAUGGAUCGACUUGUACACUAAUUGGCCACGGCGAAACGCUGAUAGAUACCAAUUUAACUUUUGCUUGUUGUUGCCACCUUUUAACCUAGUACCUUCAUCCUUUUCUUCGCCAACAAACAAAUUUUGUGCGCU